AUGACGAGGACAAGCAUACGAGCUGCUUGUACUGCUGAAUCCUUCCUUACUGUAUACGUUCAGACUGACUGCAGUCCCUGCGAGCAUAAACUAUGGGAGAGCCAGUGGGAAUCCAAGCUAGGGCGAGCGAGAUCAUAUCUAGCUAAGCUGAUAGAGAAGCGGAUGGCUGGUGUCGACGAAAUAUCGACUCUAGUUCGGGAACUUGACGAGCAAUAUUACGUGGCUUCCUGGGAUGCACGUAACAUGCAGAUAACCUCACACGCUUUUAAGAAAAGCGUGGCGCGGGUAAGCAUUACGGAUCACCGGACAGCGCGCUCACCCCUGACCCAAGAAGUACGACCAGAAGACGUUGUCGAUCCGAAGAAGCACGUGAAGGACUGGAUGGAGAUGGAUGAUAACGACUACGAUGGGGACUACAUUGCGAGCACCGACCCAAUCCACCCAGUCAGUACCGAUUACUCGCAUCCUUUCGACGAUGAUGACGGAAGCUGGAUACUCAAUCACUUCUCGCCAGAAGAAAUGGAAUCUGCGGCCGGAGAUCUAGACUUCGACCAGAACGGAUGGAGUUGGGACAACAACGAUAACGUCAACGACAGCGACAGUGAGAAAGGCGGAACGCCUAUGAUUGCUAAAUCUCAAGAAGAGAACACUACGUCACAGAUCGGCGACAACGAUCUCAUUGCAUGGGGGCCGGAAGCCUCGGCGUCCUCCAAGCUUUCGAAAAUCAGCAUGGAUGGUCUCAGUAUGGAACAAAAACAUGCGAAGGAGCAGAAAGAACUCAUAAUCAACGCAUUCUGGGUUGUCGUAAAUGAGUCCACGGAACCACGACGACAACCAGACUCCAAAAUGGAGGAUCUGAGCGUGAUCCUUCGCAGCCUCGACAUCUCUCACAGUACUUCAGCGCCUUCGGCCCCUUUCACGCCGAAUAAUUCACCUCACAUGUGGAUAGAUGGUCCCUCAGACGCCCAUACUCCACCAUCAACGCCUAUCCAGCCCACAACACCACCAAGUCCCAACUCAACAUGCACAGCUUACAACAAACAACGCAAGUUUCUCAAGAAGCGGCUCCAAGAAGAUGCUAACAAACACAAGUACUACAGUGACUUGCUCCUUGUUUCGCGGUGGGAGGCGAGGGCGUUCGAAGGACCAGAGGGGAGGUUUAUUGCUGAACCCCAGAUGGUGAGGGCAGGUGGCGGUGGAGGAGGCAACGGGUGGUUUCAAUAA